AUGGUACAUGCUGAACAAAUUGAGAAGCAAAAGCUCAAGAAGAUGAAUAGGGAGGUGAAGAGGGCUAGGACCGGUAAUGGGAACUUUUCCAAUGCUAAGUCUAAUGGGCAACGUAGACAAAACUUCAAGCAAAUGUUCCCCAACCAAGGUUCCUCUAGUGCUUCCCCAAUGGUCAACAAGGAUAGGGUGUCUAACCCUAAACCCCAAGGAGGCAAUAAUGAUGGGUAUUCUAAGAUCAAGCCUACUUGUGCCAAAUGUGGUAAGAAACACGAUGAAAAAUGUUUAGCCGGUCUGGGUGUGUGUUAUGGUUUCGGUAAGAGUGGACACCAAUUGAGAAAUUGUCCAACACAUUCGGCAAAGGGGAAAGAAGAUAAGCAAACUCCUCCAAGCGGUUCAAACUCCAAUACUCAAAAGCAAAUCCAUUUUUAUGCUCUUCGAUCCCGAGAAGACCAAGAGAUCUCCCCGGAUGUGGUGACCGGACCCGGGUUCCAGGUUGUCAAAUUCCAAUUUCCAAAUGAGCCAAUUUUAGAGUGGAAAUGGGGGAAUUCUAUCCCUAGAGGUUAA